AUGAUUGCCUGUAGUUUGAUAUGGCAUCUGUGCGAGCAACUCGCUCGGUGCAUCAGCACAGAUCACAUGACACAUACCUUAGUAGUAGGUCUGAUUGAACACUCCUACAAGAGCAAUCGAAAAUUUAAGAGAGCGGAAAAGCCCUCAGGCGUUAGUACACUGGAUAUCAUACAGAUGUCUGGACAGAUCGACACCGCCGAAUCAACUCAAGAAAACAAAGAAACGAACUCUAACCACCAAAGACCCGUCCGAUCACCCAAACGUGAGUGGGCCAAUAUCAAAGAAAUCCUCGGAUUUGUUCUGGUUGUUGAGAUCGACCCAUGCGGCGGUUGCCCCAGGGCUUACUGGUCUCUGGACAUUCACAUUCCCAUUUCCGUCACUGUGUGUGGUCAACGUCGCGCCUCCGCUGGUGCAGGGACCGCACUCCACAGCCUUCCCAUCUUUGAGCUGAAUCAAGCGAACGUUGAAGUUCGUGUUCGGGGUCCCUCCCUGGAGGACAACAUCGCAACAAGCUUGUCCGAUCCAGAUUUCACAAGGUUGACGAAGCCGAACGUCUGGGGUGUAACAUCACCGAUGAUUUUACCGUCGCAGUCGCGGCUGAUAUAUAUCCAAAGAGACGUGGAGCUUGUAACCACAACCGUUGUGGCUACAGACGCCUGGCACCUCUGGGAUUAA